UCUCCCCAAACCCUAUCGUUCUCUAAAACCCAGAACCCUUCCGUUAAUCUCUUCUCUACCGUCACCCUAACGUCUUCUGCCAAAUGUAACAAUAGGGCUACAACGAUUUCCUUCUCAUCUCCCUCUAAGACUAGGAGGUGCGUUAGCCUUUCGUCGUCCCAUUUCACUCCUAAAGUAGCCAUCUCAUCUGAAUUCGAGCAAGGUGAAUGGACUUUCUCUCCUAAUUUGAAACUCUUGGUGGGUAACCUCUCUUUCAAUGUUGACAGCUCAGAGCUUGCCGGGUUGUGUGGACGCGCCGGAAAUGUUGAGAUGGUCGAGGUUAUUUAUGACAAGAUGACCGGAAGAAGUCGGGAUUUUGGGUUUGUGACUAUGUCUAUCCUCAAGAAAGUCGAUGCAGCUGCUAUGCAGUUCAAUGGCUAUGAAAUUCAAGGAAGAAGCGUUAUUGGAGAAUAA